UUUUCAAGUCUUCAGGAAAACAAAACUGAAAUUGUUCAGGGCAGUAUUCUUGGCCCUUUAUUAUUUAUUCAUCAUGUUUCUAAAUGACCUGGAAUUCAUUAAAAGCUCAGAGAACAAAUGUGUGACUUGUUAUGCUAAUGACACUAAUUUACUGAGGAUUUUGAAGUAUCGGGAGCAAUGCCUUUCUCAAGAGCAAAAACGUGGUUUUCAGAUAACAGGUUACUACGUAAUGAAACUAAAACUAAUGCAUUAAUGUUCAUAACAAGACAAAAUAGAGUUGAUAAGACUGCAACAUUCAGCUUCGGGCAGUCAGAGUUUCAAUCUGUUUGCAAUACAAGACUUCUUGUUGUUCAUUUAGACGAAUUCUUGGGAUGGUCACACCACAUCUCUGAGACUUCAGAGCACUGGAACGGAUUUUCGCGAACAUACCGAAUUUUAUCAGAGUUGUGCGUUUAGCUGAGAGGAGCGACACAUACGCUAUAAAUACCAGCAUCGGGUUCCAGAGAGGCAAGUCUGACAAACAGGCAAACGCACACCAACACAACUUUGGCACAGUCUGAGAGUAUCGUGAGUGAAUUCAGAACGAGGUGGUAAUUUUUUGUGGCUCUUCAUUUGGAUGAUGCAUUGCAGUGGAAAUAUUGAUCUUUGGAGACACCUUGUAUAGUUCUAAGCAUAAAAGCUUGAUGGAGCUACGAUACAGUCUAGGAAGUUCAUUUUCAGGAAUGGCUUACAUUGAAUAAGCAUAUUUUGCUGGAAUAUGUCAAUCAAAUGCUAUAGCAAGCCACGGUAAAAUCAAAGUGUUGUGUGGAGAAAGCAUUAACUCAGUUGCUGAAUGUCAUUUAAAUUGAAUAGUGUCUUGCUUCAGUCCUGGUAAACACAACCAAUGACACCUUAAGCCGUAUCUCAUUGGAAAGGUUAUGGAAGCUAAGCUUGUGAGUAAAUGUUGAGUAAGCUGACUGAUCCUUCAAUCAUAAGAAAGAAGAGUAAAAGAAAGAAUUUUGUGAAGGUCAAGAAAAAAUAGACAAAUGUAAGAAGAACAGGUGGAUAGGUCUAUCCGCGGCACUAUAGCUUUAACAAAUAUUGUGAUUUGAAAUAGUGAUAUAGAGGUAGUGCUGUGCUUAAGGAAAAAACUUAUACAGGAUUAUUCAAAAGUGCAACUUGACCAUGGCACAUGUCCCGAUCGGGUCCAGAAAAAGAUCCGAGCAUACCAUCCACAAGUUCCAAGGUAAAGAGUCCUUCAUCACCUCACAGGUAGAGUUGUACGUAGUAGAAGAGAACCCAAAGAUACCUGAUGGAGGCUGGGGUUGGAUGGUGGUACUCGCAGCCUUUGUUCUAAAUGCUGUUUCUGAAGGUGUUAGCUUCUCUUUUGGACUUAUGUACUCUGAGUUUCUCAACGAAUUCAAAGCGUCCAAAUCUGCCACUUCAUGGGUUGGCAGUUUGUUUUUGGCUUUAGCGCUACUAGCAGGUCCAAUUGGCAGUGCUCUGGUAGACCGAUAUGGCUGUAUGUGGAUGACAAUAUUGGGCAGCCUGGUGUGCACUUCAGGCUUUAUCAUGAGCGUGUUCGCCAAUUCGAUCGGGAUGCUGUAUUUGACAUUCGGAGUAGUCGGAGGCUUUGGUAGAGCUUUCACAUUUGUCACGGCUGUCGUGCCUAUGGCCUUCUGGUUCGAAAAAAGGCGUACCUUGGCCUUAGGGUUAGCGGGCAGCGGGUCUGGAUUUGGUACAAUCGUGUUUGCCCCAUUGACCACAUUUCUACUGAACGAAUUUAGGUGGAGAGGAACCAUGCUGAUUUUAGCCGGCUGUUUUUUGAAUAUGUGCGUGUGUGGUGUCAUUAUGAGAGAUCCUGAUUGGAUUAAGGAAGAGGCGAAAGAGAAGAAAGAGAAAAAGGCAGAAAGUGAUAAAAAUGGCGCUGUGCCCCAUGCUAACGGUAUUGUUUCAAAGAAGAAAUCCAAAGAGCCAAAGAAGAAACAUAAACACGACCAAUUUUGUUUAAAAAAUGUGAAAUCUUCGGCAGAUCUAAAAGAGAAGGACAAGUUCAGAUCGACUAUUGAUUUGCCAACCUAUAUCAAAGAAGAUGAAAAUGUUCCUCUAGAAGUAUUGAAACAACUAAGCGAGAAUCACCAAAUGUACCAAGUAGUACUGGAAAACUACCCUGAUUUGCUAAGGAGAAAAUCGCUAUCCAACCAAGAUAUUCACGAGCUAUCGUUCGAUGCUAGAGUCCCUGUCAAAUUCUCGUUAACUAUCGAAGAGGCUCCAGAACCUAUACCAGAAGAAGAAGAAGAGGUUGAAGUUGAAGAAAAUGGAGUUAUUAUAGGAAAUAAAGAAACACCAUUGCUAAAGAAUAGCUCGUUCGUCAAAAGCAAACACAAACUUGCUUCAUCUCAUAGUUAUUUGAAUACAUUGAAAGGGAGGAAAGCAUCCAAGGUUUCUUUGGCUGAAAUGGAUACCAUUCAGUUUUCAUCUGUAUCUAGUUGUCCGAAUUUUCGGCGGCAUGCUGUGCAUUGUAUAGUUGAGGAAGAGGAGGACAAAACGAAAAAGAGAUGGUGCAUAGAGUUCUUCAAGUCACUGCAAAACCUGCUGAACCUGUCACUUUUCCUGGAACUGCACUUUCUCUUACUUUCCUUUUCUACAAUUAUUCUCUUUGUGUGGUUCAUAGUGCCUUACUUUUACAUUGCUGAACACAUGAAAUCAUUGGGAUAUGCUGACUCGCAAGCAUCUAUUGUUUUGUCCACCAUUGGACUGCUCAACACAAUUGGAAUGGUAUUCCUUGGAUGGGCCGGUGACAGACUGAACAUAGCCAAAACCUAUUCGCUCUGUCUGAUUCUGUGUGGCCUGAGCAUAUGUUGCAUAAUGUUCUUUGCUGACAACUACAUACUAUUGCUUACUACAAGUGCCUUAUUUGGAUUAUUUUUUGCCAGUUGUUUUUCGCUAUUACCCUCAUUACUGGCAGAGCUAGUCCCACUGGAAGGCUUCACCAUGGCUUACGGUCUAAUUCUUCUCUGUGAAGGAGUUGGAAAUCUUACUGGACCCCCUUUAGCAGGUUUCUUGUUUGAUUUAACCGGAUCCUGGAAUCAGUCUUUUUAUCAAGCUGCAAUUUGGAUCAUGGUCAGUGGUCUACUCAUAGGAAUUAUCCCAUUCACCAAUAAUAAAAGAAUUUGCGGAUCAGGUUUGACACUAUUGCAACAAGAAAUUCGCAAAGAACGUCGAGCAAAUUUCAUAGUAUAAAUGUAAUUCCUGAAACAAUACUAGAACUUUUAUCAUACUAUGGGUAUGCUCCAAAAGGCAAAUAUGGGAAAAUUAAAAUAUUUUUUCACUUUUCAACAAAUCAAAAAGGUACGCUGUGCGUGCAGAUGAUACAAUUACUCAAAAUAAAAAAGGUUCAAUAAGAUUAUGGCAACAAUAGUAAGAAAAUCCCAUAAUUUUCUCGACAAUGUUUUAGAAGCAUUUUGCGGGAGUGUGUGAAUGAAUUUUUUAUAAUGACGUGGUGGGGUACUUCAAGAAUCAGUUGUUAAUUUGCAUGAUACUUUAGCGCAACGGAACGGCAUCGAAGGUGCUGAGAACAAAGAAAUACUAUGAACAAUUCAGUCGAACACGAGCUGUUAGAAACAAAAUAAUUAUCGAUGUCAUUUUUGUACCUCAAUCUCAGAUUGGGAAAUGCAUAAAGAAUAAUGUACCAUCAUCAUCUUAAAUUAUUUUCAUAUAGUUAUAAAAUGCCAGUCGAAUAUAUAAUUUUUAGGCGUCAACCAGCAACUGUUUGUUGAAGUUUGUAUAGAUAUUACGUGUAUUUUAUACAUUGUUGAAAAUAAAAUAUGUACAUAACUUUAA